AUUAACGGUACUUGGGAUAGGAUUGGGUGUGAUGAUGGCUUGACCAGUAUUCUGAGGUGAUUGAAUCGGAAGUCGGGAACGACCACGAUGACCUAAACAUGUUUUAGAUCGACUGGCAUGAAACUGAUUCAAAAGUUUGGAUAUGUCCUGGAUGCGAUCGACCAGAUAAUGGGCAAGAAGCAAUGAUUGCGUGUGAUUUAUGCGACGACUGGUAUCACUGGGAUUGUGUUGGAAUAACUGAAGAACCACUCGAGAAUGUGAACUGGUAUUGUCCAAAAUGUCACAGUGCUGGUGGGGCUAUCAAACGUGCUAAUAAUAAAUUUUCUCAAAAAAGAUGA